AUGUUUGGCAUCAUGUGGGGCCGACAUCCGCUCAAGUUCAGCCGCCAAGCGGUGGAUGGUCUUUCUGCUUCUAGGUCGCUCGGCAACCGCUGCACUUGCCACGCAAAGCGUUACAAGCCGUCAUCGGUCAGGCCGCGCAGGAAGUCCCCAGGGGCAAACGGCUCGCGGAGAAUAGGCCCCGAACCUGAGGCUACAGAUCCGGAAGAUCUGCUUCGGGAGCUGAACAGCAGCGGCGUGGGAUGGCUGCGUGAUGAGGACGAGCAGGACUGGGGCCUGGAUGACGUGGCAGAGCACGCCAGAGUACGACAAGAGCGCCACCUGCGUCGCUUCGGAGCCGCCGCCAAGUCCUCCGCUGCGGAUGGGACGGGCGGCAUUAGCCGCCGCCACCGUGGCGGCGGCGGGCGAACGGACGUCGCGAGCACGUCCCACGGGUCGCCCCUCGAGUCGGGGCUCGCGAGUGUCAGUACGGACGAAGACACGUACGACAACGGCGGUGGCGGCAGCGAUCGUCAAGAUCUGGGAAGCCGCCGCAGUGGUGGAGGUGGAGGCAAGGGCGCAGCAGAGGGGCAGCAUAGCGGUACGGCAGCGCAGGCAGGGCUCGUAUUAUCGGGGGAACCCGGUACGGCACCGGUGGAGACGUCAAAACGGGGUCGUACAACUGUCGAGCUGGAGGCAUCGUACGCUCGACGUAAUCAGGAAGUCAUCGAGGCGCUGCGGCUACGUGGGGUGGUUGUUCGAGUACGGCAGUCAGAUGACGAAGCAGGCAACGGACUUAAUGAUGAUCAAGUUGAAGGACUCAGUAUCGCUGGCGUGAAUCUGGAUCCAGAUUUUGGAUUCGAUGAGGAUGAUGACCCGGAUCUGCUUUUAAAUUCGGAUCUUGCUUCAACGGAAGACAACGAUGAAGAGCUUGGUAGUAGCAGUAGCAGCAACAACAGUCGCGGCGGCCACGGCAAGAGUGGGCUCGGUGCGCCGUCGGGUCGCAGUGACUGGUACGGCAGUUUGGCGGCGGCGGGCUUUUCCGUACGCACCAACGCCGUCGCCGCGGCAGCGGCGGUGCAUGAAGGAAGCUCUUCCAGGAAGGCAUCUUCAACCGCGGCUGCGGUGGCGCCGGCGCCACCGCUUGUGGCCCCCCUGGAGCCGAUAUCUGCUGGCGCCGCCAACGUGUCGGUGUUACAACGCCUCGCAACUCCGCAGCAAGUUCUAGACUUCCUGGAGCUGUCGUACCCGCAUUGGGCCGCCAACGGUUACCGUUUGGUGGAUAUGAACUCUGGACGGCCGGUCGUGGCGCCGUCCCCAGCGGAGGCGGCCCACUGCCUGAGGGUUCUCGCCCUAACCGCCCGCCGCAACGAAAUAGGCGGAUGGAGGUGUCUCGAAAUAGCGGCGGGGCGACAGGCCCAGGGUUUGGCGGAGGCAUUGCGCGUCACUCCGCCCCGUCUGUUGCCUGAACAAGCCACACAGCAGCUGUCCACCGCGUACUUUGACGCCGCGAAGAGGUUUUGGCUGGAGUCGACGGCAGCUAACUCGAUUAUCGAUGACCCACGGGUCAAGAAGGCUCCACUCGGGGCUGGCGGCAGCGCCGCCGCCACUGCAGGUGGCGUUGCAAGCACUACCCUAGCCCUUUCCGAAAGGCCGUCAGCACCACGGGGAGCAGAUGAUCAGGGAGCUCGGUCAACGGCGGCGCCGGCGGCGCCGGCUGCCUCUUGUACGGCAUCACCGGCAGGGGGUGUGGCGGCGGCGACCGAUAGCGAUGAUGGGGCUAAGGAAGCGGAGACAGAUGAUGGACUGUCGGCGAAGACGCCGUCGUUGUACGACCCUGUGUACGACAGUCUGGUUGCGAAGUACACGGCUAUCUCGAAGUAUCAAAAGCUACAGGACUCGAUGCGGUACAGCCAGCAGCCGCAGCACAUGCAGGCCGGCCAUGUCAACGGUCAUGUCGUACCUGCCGUAUCCACGGCAGCGGCGGCGGCCGUGGCAACAGUCCAAACCCACGAUAAGGCUGCCAUGGGAGUGCAGCCGCCGGGUGCCGUACAGCCUGCUGUGGCGACACCUGUGCCGGGGGGGACCACCGUCGACCCUGUCGUCACAGAAGCAGCAUUACGCCGAGCCACAAAGAUUGAGUGUUUGGUUUCGGCGCUGUGGGGCAUGUCCAGCUUGGGUGGGUCGCCGUAUUUCCAAGCAGAGACAGAGGCUGCUGUGACCAUCUUGGUACGGUGCCUGGCAGCGGUGGCGGCAGCAGCGGGCGGCACGGCGGCCACGGCGGCAUCAGGCGGGCUGAGCGGGUGGCAGGCUGGCCAGGUCUUGUGGGCUCUAGGCAACAGCCGCCAUGCAACUCCCAGAUUGAUGGACUUGGAGACCAGCAUACUGAGGUCUGGCGGGCUAUCCUCCAUGCAGCCCAGGGACCUCUCUCGCGUAUUAUGGGGCUUUGCAUCCCUAGGAUAUCGACCGGAACGUCUGCUGCUCACUAUACGGCCCGACUGGUCAUGGCGCGAGCGUACGACUGCAACCGCCGUGGUUUCGGAGGACGGACGAACGAGUCCGAAGGCCAGGGCCCGAGGGAAACGCAGCUCGAGAGGAGGAGGAAGAGGAGGAGGAGGAAGAGGCAGGCAGGUUGUUCAGAGCGGUGAUGUUCGCAGCUUCACUCCGCAACAACUCUCUGGAGUGGUGUGGGCGCUGGCGGUUAUGGAGCAGGUGGAUACGGUGCCCUUCAGGUCCGCUUGGACUCAGCUCCUCCAUCGUGCCGCGGACGUACCGCCGUCGGAGCCGGUCCUGACGCAAAUCUGGCAGGCCAACCUUGCCGUACACUUAGAAUCAUCAUCGUCGCCGUUCUCAUCGUCAUCCGCAUCGCCACCGUCGUACACAGCCACAACGGCGGCAGAGAACCUGAUGACGGCGGGCCUGGCGGCGGCAGCCGCCACCGGAGGGGGCGGCGGGCUUGGUUUUGCUGCUGCCCGUUCGCUGUUGCUUCGGUCCCGGGACGUCUUCUUGGCGGCCACGAGUGGGUUUCGAAGGCGGGUCCAGAGCGGCUAUCAGCGUCAGAUGGCCAACUCAUUGACAGGGCUGCGGCUGAUGCACCUGCUAGAAGAUAACUGCACCGGCUACUCAAUCGACAUCACGUUGCCGCAGCUACGGAUUGCGUUGGAAGCUGACGGGCCCACGCACACUUCCCGUACACCGGGCGGAGCCGUACUGGGUGCUACAGCCAUGAAGCGACGGCACCUGCAGAAGAUGGGGUGGCACGUGAUUAAUGUGACGUACAAGGAGUGGGACAAGCUCACCUCCGAGUCGGCAAGGCGAGCUUUCCUGCAGCGAUGUGGGUGUGGAAGGUUCGGCAACGCCAGCAACCAGCACUGCUCCCCACGCAUGCACCACUUCUGGGAGUGCCCCGUCGCACAAGCUGUCCGGGAGCAAAUUGACCGACACAUACAGCCCUCCCAGGAGGCAGCGACAGGUGGCAUCACCCGGAAGCAGCUGUGGUUAGUCCAAGCCCUGACCGGCUGCGAGCAGGCCCCCUGGGAUGUGAUUGCCCUGGCGGCCCUGUCUGCUAUGGAGCCAGAGCAAGCGCAACAGAUCCAGGCGCAAUGGCCCCAACAGUGGUGGAUGACGGACUUCUUUCACCUGGCCAACAGAGUGAGACUGCACGAGGGACCGUCGCUGAACGCGCCGGUACUCGAGGAUCAGACGCAGAGGCCCAUCGCGGGACCGGGGACGGCAACAGCAACAGCAGCAGCAAAUCCCCUGGAAUACGCCCACGCUCGGGCAGUAGUGGACUUUUGGGCGCGCUUGCGCUCCUUCACCGAGCUCAACAUCCCAAGGCGGGGCUGGGACGGAGUGGGACCCCACCACCCGAUCCUGUCAAUCGUCGGGGGAGCACUGUGCUGCGCGGAGGCGGUGGACAUCACGACAGGCUUAAUCGCCUGGCGUCGAGAUGGACCCAGUGCCGUGGUAGGGCGUGGACUUAGCGGGAUGAGCUUCUUUACAUUUAAGACUGCGGGAUGA